ACACUCAAUGCAUUCAAUGGACGAAUCGACUCGCAUGGGCUUGCAAGCAUGCAGAUGCAGGCAUCGGUGAAUGUCGUGUAAUAUUAUUGAGUACUUAUAUGAUACAUUCCAAUUUUGUCGCUUCGAUUCCGAUCGAUCCGAACAACGGAUUGAUUGUUUUCGAGGAAAGCCACAAGGUCAGACAAGAAUUCUACUUCGAGACCGCCACAACUAUAGAUUCCGCGUACAAUAACGCGCAACAACAACAACAACAACAAGGUAAAAGCUCGCGGAGGAACAGUAAUAAUGGCGCGAACCGCCAAUCCGUGGACGGCAAGAAGUCUUGCUCCGCUACCAGCUCUACCACCACCACUACCGUGGAUAAUUACGUCCUUGUGAGAAAUAUCCCCGAGCUCAAUCUACCCGAGAAGAUUAUUCUCGUUAUCGAUACAGUACGAGAACAACAAUGCACGCCCUUCAAGCUCGGCACGGGUGCGACGUACUCGCCACUGUAUAUGAUAAAACGCGUGGUCGAGAGCUUCGUCUGUGCAAAGGCCACGAUACAGCCCGGGGUACACGAGUACGCGCUGAUGAGUCUGGAUUCGCAGGGUGCGUUCUGGCUCUGCGACUAUACCAGUAACAUUAAGACGAUAGCCAAUCAUUUGGAGGGUAUCGCAGAGGAUGUGCUGGAAGAGGAGCAGAGGACCUACGAUCUGGGACAGCUAUUCGAGACGAUACACGCACGGGUAGCGACCCCGGCGAUGAAUCGGCCGAUGUUCGUCUCGCGCGUCAUCCUGAUAUACGGACGAUCGAACUCUGUACCCAAGUUUCGCACCGGCCAGAAGUAUCUGGAGAACUUGACAGAGAAUCCGUGUUUCUUCUUGGAUGUGCUGUUCGUUCACGAACCACCCAGCGACGACAACAUGUGCGAGGCGGUAUAUGCCGAAAUUGCGGCUCUGGACACGACAAAUUACUCUUACAUUUUUGAAGUAGGCAGAAAUCCAGCUAAAUUACAUGAUAAUAUGGCAAAACUCUUGGCGCAUCCACUGCAACGUCCAAUGCAAAAAGAUGCUUCUUACACUUUUAUUUCAAAUGCACAGGAAGUGCAUACUAAUGUAUAGAAUGCUGUAUACACAUUAGCAUUAUUUAUUUUCAUUCAAAGGACAUCACUUUGUUGCUGUGAUUUCUAUUGCAUCUUACAUUAUCGUAUCUUAAACAAAGAUUUCAAAAUUUAACGAUACGACGCUUUGCUGUUAAGUUAAAUGGACGAAGAGCUCAGGAUAAAUCCUUUCGAGUGAAGAUGCGUCCGCAGUUCUGACAGGAAAAGGGCCUUAUCCCGGGAUGCGCUUGUUGAUGCCUGAUAAGAUUAGACGCAUACGAGAAUUUUCGUUGACAAUUGUUACAUGUGUAAGGCUAUUCGCCGAUAUGCUUCCUUCUAUGCUUGUUGAAAUAUGUGAACGCCUUCUGACAGAAGUCGCACGUUAAUUGACGUUAUUUUCCUCCAGCAUUUUCGCCCAUUCGCGAAUUGUCGAUAUAUAUCAACGCGUUCUCCGUACGCAAUGCUUCCUUCGAUUUCAACGUCAAUUCUCGCGGCUUUUUCAGAUUGCGUAUUCCCAUGAGAAAUUACAUGAUUAACUUGCGAUUGACUUGCGACUUCUCUGUCAUUUCUAUUCAUUGCCAAUUGAGAUAUAGUAUAUUUCGACUAGUAAAUCCCGUUGGAUUAUUUGUGUGAGCUCUUUUGACGAUCAUUCUCUCGAAAGGUAAACGCAAAUCGGGAAAAUUUUUCUUGAGAAGAUCUUCGAGUUUAAUGAUACAAGGAGAACAAACUGUGUUCAAAACCUAAGUACAUAGGUAAAGAGACGAAUUGAUGUCGUUUCUUUUACAUAAGAUAUGUAAUUAGAUUUAAUGUGUGUAUAAAUUACUACCGAUUUUCCUGAAUGCGUCUCAAAGUUGCAAAUACAUUCAUUUAUUAGUAUAUAAGAUAUUUUUUAUGGCUUUUAGAGGUAACUACGAUAUGUGAUAUUAUUUACAAAUUAUUCAUGAAAAAUAUAAUGAUAAAUAAUAUUGUAAAUGUUACGAAGAUAUGUGUGUGUGUGUGUGUGUGUGUAUGUGUGUGUGUGUAUUACGAUAGUGUGCAAUAAAUUUCUUUAUCACGCGAUUUUAUAUCUAUUGUAACAUUUAUUUUUACCAUAAAAAAGAGAUAGACAGGUAAAACAUCCGUUAAAAAU